AUGGUUCGGUGCUUGGUCCUUUCCUCUUCAUCCUCUACCUCCUCCCCCUCGGUCGGCCUCCACGUCAGUGUCAUCUUCUUCUGUGGUGCGGUGAUCCUCUUCUCUUCAGUGGCCACUGGCCUCUUCUUCUUCAACGCCUUUGGCCGACCGUACGAGACGCUGCAAGGCCCCAUGGGACUUUACCUGUGGACCUUCAUUUGCUGUGUGUGCAGCUGUCUGGUCAUGAUCCUGUUUGCGUCGGAGGUGAAUUUUAAUCAUCUGUCCAACCGGAUCGCCAACUUCAACGAGGUGAACUUCGUCUACCAGACGUACACGGAGCGCUACGACCGGUGCUUCUGGCUUUUCUUCCUUGUCUUCCUUCUCCACGCACUCAACUUCCUGCUCAUCCGACUGGCGGGAAUCCAGUUUCCCUUCCGGGAGAGCAAAGAGUCAGACCUGAGCGGAGGGGCGGCCGACCUCAUGUACUGAGACCUGGAGGGAGAGGGAAGCCCGUAAAGGACAAAAGACUGAUGACACGGCGGCCAUUUUAAAAUAUGUCAUACAAAGAGAAACUGUUUAACAUGUAGUGAUGAAAGGGCUAACAUUUUCAUUCUGCUCAGUUUAGGUCCAACGUUUAGUUAUAAAGAAGUGAAAAAUGUCGUCUUCACAGGUGAAUAGAGUAAAAACGUUAACUUCAGCAUGAAACGUCCUCACAUUAACACAAUUAUCUUUUAUAUUACACGUUUUCUGAAAUGUGAUGUUUAAAUAUGUAAAUGAGGCAUUAUGUAAUGUAACUGUUGGUGAGUUUAGGAGAAAUCUACAAACACACAAAGUUAGUAAAAUAAACACUUUCUUUUAGACUGACAGAAGACGUGUGUUGGAAGCUAAAUUAAUUUUAUUGUCAUAGAAAAUAAAGAAAACUAGAAAACUGUGACUUUAUUAACAGAUUCAUGAAAAGCUCUUUUAAAAAUAUGCAAUUUAAAAACGUUCAUGAACUUGAA